AUGGACGGAAGCUCGGGAAGAAAAGAAAGAAAACAUCUCUCAGAAGAACAAGAAACAGAGUUGGUGCGGAGCGGCAGGCUCAUGUCUCUCUCUGUGCCUGCUGGGGAUCUGAACUCUCUGUUGCCAGGUGAAGAUGGUCGUCGUCUUUACAUCGGUAUGAAAGACCAUCUGCUGUCCGCCAGCCUGGAUGAUAUUACUCAAACCCCCCGCAAGAUAUACUGGCCUGCAAGUCCAGAUCGAAUCCAGAACUGUAUCAUGGCUGGAAAAAGCCUGCAGACGGACUGUGCAAACUUCCUGCGUGUGUUAGAGCUGUAUAACCAAACACAUCUUUACGCCUGUGGGACUGGAGCGUUCAACCCUCGCUGUGCCUUCAUCCCAACCAACCUCUUCCUCAGGGCCGAGGAACAAAUGCUGCAGUAUGAAGACACUGAAUCAGGGAAGGGAAAAUGUCCUUAUGACCCUCACCAGAGAACAGCUACUGCCAUCAUAGAUGGAGAGCUGUACGCUGGCAUCUCAUCUGACUUUCUAAGUCAUGAUACCGCUUUUAUUCGGAGUCUGGGGGAGCGACAUGUGAUUCGCACUGAACAAUACGACUCUACAUGGCUGCAAGGCGCUGAAUUUGUACAUGUUGCAGCGAUGUCAGAGAGUGAUAAUGAGGAGGAUGAUAAGGUCUACGUGUUCUUUACUGAGCGCGCACAGGAAGCAGAGGGGGCUGCUGGGAAGGUCCUCUACUCUAGAGUCGCCCGCGUCUGCAAGAAUGAUAUUGGUGGUCAGCGUAGUUUGGUUCAUAAAUGGAGCACCUUUCAGAAAGCUCGUAUUGUUUGCUCUGUACCAGGACCCGACGGCAUACAGACACACUUUGACAAACUCCAGGAUAUUUUCAUUCAGCGUGGAAAAGACAAAAAGAACCCCCUCAUCUAUGGGCUCUUCACCACUACCAGCAAUGUCUUGAAUGGAUCCGCUGUGUGCGUUUACCGCAUGCAGGACAUUAUUAGAGCUUUUAAAGGAAAUUUCCUUCAUAGGGAGGGUCAACAGUACAAGUGGACAGAAUAUACAGGCAGAGUUCCCUAUCCUAGACCUGGAACAUGUCCCAGCAGCACAUAUGGAGGGUACAAAUCAACAAGGGAAUAUCCUGAUGAGGUCAUCUUCUUUAGCCGCACACAUCUUUUAAUGCAGGAAGUGGUACAUCCUCUUGGAGGUCAUCCUUUGCUCAUCAGAGUGGGCGUGCCUUAUAAACUGACCCGCCUCCUUGUGGACAGAGUGGAGGCGGUGGAUGGAAAAUAUGACGUGCUGUUCAUUGGUACAGAUUCUGGCCUGGUUCUGAAAGCGAUUCACCUGCCUAAAGCCAGCGGACAGAAUCAGGAGAUAACUCUGGAACAGCUGCAGGUUUUUAAGAACAAGUCACCGAUCACUGCCAUGACGCUGUCCAAGAAAAAGCAGUGGCUGUUUGCUGGAUCAGCAGAGGGUGUGGUUCAGUUGGGUCUGUUCCACUGCGAUUUGUACGGCCAAGCCUGCGCUGAAUGCUGUCUCGCUAGAGACCCAUACUGCACCUGGGACGGCCACUCUUGCAGCCCUUACAUGCCAACUGCACGCAGAAGAAACAUUAGUCAGGUUAACGAUGACGGCAACCCGCUGAACCAGUGUGUCAGACAGGGAGCUGGUCUUCAGGUGGACGCAGAGGAGAAGACACAAGUUGUUGCCUUGGGUAAUAGCACCUACCUGGAGUGUCUACCCAAAUCUCACCAUGCCACAGUUACCUGGUUUAAAGACAUAGGCGAGAACAGCUUGGAGCAACAUAAGGUCAGAUCUGGGGAGCAGCUGGUUGUCAUUGACAGGGGCAUCCUCAUUCCCAGGGCUGAGCUCAAUCAUGGCGGCAUUUAUCAUUGUCAGCUUGAAGAGCAUGGAUUUCGCUGGACAGCCGUUACUGUUCGUUUAAUUGUGUGGAGCCCCGCUCUGCACCCCACCCUUGUCUCCUCCCAGCCAUGGUACCAGGAUGUGAUGGCAUUGAUCAACCAUGGCAAACUGGAGCAACACUGCAAAGAAUUCAGACAGCGUCACAACAACAAGGAAUCAGGGAACCACAAGCAUAACAAACAGGACAGAAAGAGAGCAGACCGGCACAGGCACAGAGGAGCGGGAGAGAAGGAGAAAGGAAGGGGGCGGAAGAACCGGAGCCGAAUGCAGAGUUCAGCACAGAGGCUGCCGAGGAGUGCAUAGACCAAAUCACAGGUGUUUACAAAGCUGCUCAAAACAAAAGAAUACAACAAAACAUGCAAUAUACAGUAUAUACACAGUACAUAUACACACAGCAUCAUAAUAACAGACAUUUGCUUUGUUUCAAAACCUAAUGAACUGCCUGCAUGCAAGUUUUAAAAAAUACAUGCAAGAUAGGGGAUGACUAUAGAAAAAUGUUGAUAAGCUUAUAUUUUAUUAAAUUCAUUCAAAG